AUGGACUACAAAGGAUCAAAAAAAUAUAAAGACAAAAGUGAUAAAAAAGCAAAACGAAAAAGAAGAGAAGAUGAUGAAGAGUUUAUUGAUGAUUUAGCAGAUGUUCAAGAAGGUGAAGGUGUUCCUGAAGCUGCUACAAAAGAUGUAGAAAAGGAUACUAAAGCUGAUGAAGAUGAGUUUGGUGCAAAAGACUACAGAUCUCAAAUGGUUCUUAAAACUGAUAAUAAGUGGAGACCGCUUUGGGUAGCUCCAAAUGGUCAUAUUUUUUUAGAAAGUUUUUCGCCAGUUUACAAACAUGCACAUGAUUUUCUUAUCGCCAUUUCGGAACCUGUCUGCAGACCAGAACAUAUACAUGAAUAUAAAUUAACUGCAUAUUCUCUUUAUGCUGCCGUGUCAGUUGGACUUCAAACCGAAGACAUUAUUGAAUUUUUAUCCAAACUUUCAAAAUGCAGUAUACCUGAUGGUAUAAAAGAAUUUAUUAAAUUGUGUACUCUUUCCUAUGGCAAAGUUAAAUUAGUAUUAAAACAUAAUAGAUAUUUUGUCGAAAGUCCAUUUCCUGAUGUUUUACAAAAACUGUUAAAAGAUCCAGUAAUUCAAGAAUGUCGUUUAAAAAGAACUGUCGAAAAUGAAACCUUAACAAAAGAAGGAUUUAUCGCUGGAACAAUUGAUAAAAAAGGAGUUUCUGCAUUUAAAAAUACAGCGACUAAGGAAGUUACGGCUACCAAUCAAAAUACUAAAACAGAAGAUGACAAGACAAUCGAAGAAGUACCUGAAGACAUAACCAUGUUUUAUGAUAAAAUAGACAAAGAAGAAGAAGAAGAUGAGGAAGAAGUAAUUUCAAAAACUGUUUCAUUUGAAGUUGAUCAGGAAAAAAUUGAAAUUUUACAAAAAAGGUGUAUUGAAUUAGAACACCCACUUUUAGCUGAAUAUGAUUUUAGAAAUGAUACUCAUAAUCCUGAUAUUAAUAUAGAUUUAAAACCCUCUGCCGUCUUGAGGCCUUAUCAAGAAAAAAGCUUAAGAAAAAUGUUUGGAAAUGGUAGAGCUAGAUCUGGAGUUAUCGUUCUUCCUUGUGGAGCUGGGAAAAGUUUAGUCGGAGUAACAGCUUGCUGCACUGUAAGAAAAAGAGCACUGGUACUUUGUAAUUCUGGAGUAUCUGUAGAACAGUGGAAACAACAAUUUAAAAUGUGGUCGACAGCUGAUGAUAGCAUCAUUUGUCGAUUUACUUCUGAAGCUAAAGAUAAACCAAUGGGUUGUGGAAUAUUGAUUACUACAUAUUCAAUGAUUACACAUACUCAGAAGAGAUCAUGGGAAGCUGCUGAGACAAUGAAAUGGCUUCAGGACCAGGAGUGGGGAAUAAUGGUUUUAGAUGAGGUUCAUACAAUUCCAGCGAAAAUGUUUCGUCGUGUAUUAACAAUUGUACAAUCUCAUUGUAAAUUAGGAUUAACAGCGACUUUACUUCGAGAAGAUGAUAAAAUAGCUGAUUUAAAUUUUUUAAUAGGUCCAAAAUUGUAUGAAGCUAAUUGGUUAGAAUUACAAAAUCGUGGAUUUAUUGCUAGAGUGCAAUGUGCUGAAGUUUGGUGUCCGAUGACACCUGAAUUUUAUAGGGAAUAUUUAAUUUGUAGGACCAGUAAAAAAUUGUUAUUAUAUGUGAUGAAUCCAAAUAAAUUUCGAGCUUGUCAAUAUUUGAUUCGUUAUCACGAGAGAAGAGGAGACAAAACUAUUGUAUUUUCAGAUAAUGUUUUUGCUUUAAAACAUUAUGCUAUUAAAAUGAAUAAACCAUUUAUUUAUGGACCCACUUCUCAAAUGGAAAGAAUACAAAUUUUACAAAAUUUUAAAAUCAAUCCCAAGAUAAACACUAUUUUUGUGAGCAAAGUAGCUGAUACUAGUUUCGAUCUUCCUGAUGCAUCUGUUCUUAUACAAAUUUCUUCUCAUGGAGGUUCAAGGCGUCAAGAGGCUCAAAGACUUGGAAGAAUUUUAAGAGCCAAAAAGGGUGCUAUAGCAGAAGAAUAUAAUGCUUUUUUUUAUACCCUUGUAUCGCAGGAUACUAUUGAGAUGAGUUAUUCAAGAAAAAGACAGAGUUUUCUCGUUAACCAAGGAUAUAGUUACAAAGUGAUAACCCAGCUAGCUGGCAUGGAAGAAGAACCUGAUAUGUUUUAUAAGACAAGAGAUGAACAAGGACAAUUACUACAGCAAGUUUUAGCUGCAAAUGAUACUGAUGCAGAGGAAGAAAGGAUUCCAGGUGAAGGUGGCAAGCCAGGAGUUAUGGCUCAUAGAAGAAUAGGAAAUAUCAGUUCUUUAUCCGGAGCAGAUGACGCAGUUUAUGUAGAAUACAAAAAACCAAGUUCAUCCGUAAAACAUCCGCUAUUUAAAAAGUUUAGACAUUGA